GCGGGACGGCGCGGCGCGCACGGCGGCUGCUGGGGCUCUGGGCGUCCCGGGCAGCGCCGGGCUGCGGGGUGGGAACCGGGAGCAGCGCUUCGCGGAGACGGUGCUGCGCGCGCGGGAGACCUCUGCUGGCCUCGGACUCCGGGGCCCGCCCGGGGCGUUCCCGGACCCCAGUUACGGCGCCCGCUGGCAUUGUGUCCUGCAAAGGUUGAGACGGGGAAGGGAAAGAGGAGAGGAAAGCAGCUGAGGCGGAAGGGAAAGCACUGCUGUGGCCCUCCGGAGCGAAUUCGGAGACUUGGGGCGCGGAGACCCGCGGGAGCGCGGUGGUGCGCGGGGCAAGGAGCGCCCGGAGCGGCGCGGUCCGCGGGGCCGGCUCUUCUAGCACCUCGGGUCACGCCUCCUCGGCCAGAAGGCGCCUCGCCUUUGAUUGCUUCCAGUUACCGCAGAACUUCCUGCCCCGGUGGAGACGCGGGGCUUGCUCGGGCCGCUCUCGCUCCGGGUCCGAGGCGUGAGACUGAAUUCACACGGUGCCGGGCGCCCCCCCGCGAGGCCGAGUGGGGUUGGGGGGAACAGCCGCUGGCCCCCGCGCCCCGAGAGAGGGGCCUGGCGUUGGGGUCCUCCGUCGCCUUGCGUCCAGCCGCACGCCUCCGGGCUUUGCGCCCCCCGGGGACCCCUCGCCGGGAAAUGGCCGCGUGGAUGCGGGGCAAGGACUCGUCGCGCUGUCUGCUCCUCCUGGCCGCGGUGCUGAUGGUGGAGAGCUCGCAGCUCGGCGGCUCGCGGGCCAAACUCAACUCCAUCAAGUCCUCUCUGGGCGGGGAGACGCCUGCCCAGGUCGCCAAUCGAUCGGCGGGCACAUACCAAGGACUGGCUUUCGGCGGCAGUAAGAAGGGCAAAAACCUGGGGCAGGCCUACCCUUGUAGCAGUGAUAAGGAAUGUGAGAUUGGUAGAUAUUGCCACAGUCCCCACCAAGGAUCAUCAGCCUGCAUGGUGUGUCGAAGGAAAAAGAAGCGCUGCCAUAGAGAUGGCAUGUGUUGUCCUGGUACCCGCUGCAAUAAUGGCAUCUGCAUCCCUGUCACGGAGAGCAUCUUAACCCCUCACAUCCCAGCUCUGGAUGGCACUCGACACAGAGAUCGAAACCAUGGCCAUUACUCAAACCAUGACUUGGGAUGGCAAAAUCUAGGAAGACAACACACUAAGAUGUCACAUAUAAAAGGGCACGAAGGAGACCCCUGCCUCCGAUCAUCAGAUUGCAUCGAAGGAUUUUGCUGUGCUCGCCACUUCUGGACCAAAAUCUGCAAACCAGUUCUCCAUCAGGGGGAAGUCUGUACCAAACAGCGCAAGAAGGGCUCUCAUGGCCUGGAAAUUUUCCAGCGAUGUGACUGCGCAAAGGGCCUGUCAUGUAAAGUAUGGAAAGAUGCCACCUACUCCUCUAAAGCCAGACUCCAUGUGUGUCAGAAAAUAUGAUCACCUCUGAGGAAAUUCAUCACUAGCAGACUGUGAAUCUGUGUAUUUAAUGCAUUAUAACAUGGUGGAAAAUAGGAUUUGGAUUUCAGAAGAAUGGCUAAAAUAAGGAAUGUGAUAAGAAUAUAGAGAUCACAGAGAGAGAAAAAAGGAAAAAAAUAAGCAGAUUAGAAAGGGGUAACAAAUGUAGUACAACCAAUGUGUUUCCAUUAUGCAAUUUGUUUAUGUAAAUAAUGUACACAUUUGUGAAAAUGCUAUUACUUAAAAUCAAAAAGCACACAGUGAGAAUUACUGACGAAUACCAUGUGACUUUUCAAGAGUUUAGGCUGUGCUGGAAGAUUGGUUUCCUUCAGAUUGGUGAUUGCCUAUAGAAAUACACUAAAAGCCAUGUUUCAAAUUCAAAGUUAUACUUUAACAAAAUAGUCUUUUGGCUUACAAUAGGCUUUACAUAAAAAGAGUUUUGUUAAAUAAGAAACGAAAGCAUGAAACAUAGUUCAUUUGCAACACAGGAUCACCUUUUAGUUUGAAGCACUAUUCCUAGGACUCAGUGAAAGGCCUUGGUAGACAAGAAAAAAAAGCAGUCAAUAUUUUCCAAAUAAUUUCAAAGUAAUUGCAAGACUUUUAUGAGGACUUUAGGAGAAGCCAAACUUGUUUUUCUUCAAACUGCUUAUUUAGAGUUUUCAAAAAUUUACUUUCACCGGUAAUUACUAAGAACCAGUAUAAGAUAAAACAUUCUAAAGGAAUAGCAUUGUGCCUUUUCUUGAUUGUAUGUGAUUCCUACCUUGAAUAUAUUUUAUUCUCCAAUUAAUUGUGAAUAGUACCGAGCAGAAUUUCACAGACUGCAAACAUUUCUAAGGAGUCCAAGAUACAGAAUCAACACUAAUAGACUGUUAAUUUUUGAAGCUUUGGCAUUCCUUGUGUUUGAUAGAAUUUAGGUUGGUAAAUACAUUUAUUCUCUACACUUGCAGUGGUAUAGUCAGGUAAAGCUGAUAAUAGAGACUUGAUCUACAUUUGUCCUACACUAAAGGACACAAAGGAAAUGGAAAAAAACUUUGUUCAGUGCCCAGGUUUUGGCAACAUGUCGAUCAUGUAUCUGAAGCACAAACUGACUAUUCAUAUUUGAAGCCCGAGGCCGCACAACCUAAAUGGAAGUUUUCCACGGGAUUUGCUAUCACAAUAUUUACAAUACAGAUGAGUUCUGUGUAGGUCACUAGUUGACCUCAAAAUAUUUAUUUUUUAUUUUUGAGGUCCUGGAAUAAUAUGAGGAGUUCUCAUGAAGUGGACUCCCAAAGCGGGUAGUAUAGUAAGGUUCCAUUGCCCUCCAUAAACUUCUAACUUGCCAAUGGCAUCACCUGAAAUUUCUGUACCAAUCUCUCUGUGCAGCAGCUUUUUUUCCCUCAAAGAUAUCAUUUCUGGAAUGAAAUAACUUGCAAAAUCUACGUAUUGCUAACCUAUAGAAACCACAGUUUCCAAAUUCUUUGAAACCAUUUUAUUACUUUUUUUUUACUUUACUCAGUUCUAAAUAUUAUGUCUAGAGCAUAAGGCAAAAAAGUUAUCUUAUAGUUGUUACUUUUGACCUUUUCUUUUAUAGACUGCAAGUCACUCCUUAAUUUUCUUUUACUUAGACCCCUUCUGCAGUUUCAAAUUCAAGUUUUCCCCAUAGAAAUUGAAUCUGAGCCUGCAUGUCUAUUAAGAGUUUCAGCUUCCCAUACACAUUUACUAGGGUGAGUAAGAUUUACAUUCUUUCCAAAUGUCUGCUAAAACAAAAAUUAUAAGCUGAUCUAUCCAAGAACCAAAGUCUGUGCAAACAGGUUUCUAUAAGCUUGGCAACAUGAAAAUGGAACAUUUCAGUCAAACAUUUCCUCUAUAGCAAUCACAUUUACAAUCUGGUUUUUGCAUUAUUCCCCUUAUGUACAUCCCAAAAUUAUUAUUUGAAGUAAUUUAUUUACAGGAAAUGUUAAUGAGAUGUAUUUUCUUAUAGAGAUAUUUCUUACAGAAAGCUUUGUAGCAGAAUAUAUUUGCAGCUAUUGACUUUGUAAUUUAGGGAAAAUGUAUAAUAAGAUAAAAUAUAUUAAAUUUUUCUCCUUCAAAAAUGGAA